GCACAAACAAGGUAACCUAUAUUCCACCCCAAUUUUCCUCUACGAGACUAAAACAAGUCAAGAUGCUCCAAGCAAAUUACGAGCCGAGAAACAACUACUGGAAAACUAAAACAGAAGCUGUUUAUUUUCCGGGGACUGGCUCAGACAACCAGGAAGUGGAAGGCGUCGGGGAGCCUCUGUUGAGACAACACGCACCGGGGGAGGGAUAUAAAAGCCCCACAGCCCAGAGCUCCUCACACGCUCACACCCUCACUCACUUACUCACUCACGCCCUCCUCUAAGUUCACCUUCCACCUCACCCCCACCAUGGCUGCAUCCACCAUGUCCGUUUGCUCCAGUGAUCUGAGCUAUGGCAGCCGCGUCUGCCAGCCUGGUUCCUGUGAGUCUUGCACUGACCCCUCCUGGGAGGUGGACGACUGUCCUGAGAGCUGCUGUGAGCCCCCCUGCUGUGCCCCCACCUGCUGCCAAUCUACAUGCUGCCCCUGCCUGACCCUCAUCUGCACCCCCAUGAGCUGUGUGUCCAGCCCCUGCUGUCAGGUAGCCUGUGGGUCCAGCUCCUGCCAGUCAGUCUGUACCAGCUCCUGUGAACCCUCCUGCUGCCAGCAGUCCAGCUGCCAACCUGCAUGCUGCACACCCUCCGCCUGCCAGCAGGCCUGCUGCGUGCCCAUCUGCUGCAAGCCCCCCUGCUGUGAGGCUAUCAACUGCCCAGCCCCCUCGUGCUGCCAGCCCUCUCCCUGUGCCCCCUCCUGCUGCAGACCCUCCUCCAGUGUGUCCCUCAUCUGCCGCCCCGUGUGCAAGCCUACCUGCUGUGUGCCCACCUCCUCCUGCUGUGCCCCCACCUCCUCCUGCCCUGCCUGCUGCAUGUCCACCUCCUCCUGCUGCCAGCCCAGCUGCUGCCGCCCAGCUUCCUGCAUAUCCCUGGUCUGCCGCCCUGUGUGUGCCCGCCUAGCCUGCUGUGGCUCUGCCUUGGCCCAGAAGUCCUGCUGCCGACCCAGUGUGGCCCCUGCCACCGGCCAGCUGGGUUCCAGGUCCUACCUGGAAGCUGAGUGCACGUCCUGA